CUUGCCUGAGUUAGAUCCACAAAUGCCUCGGAAGCAGCACGUUGACCACAUCCUUCUCUUCACUUUCCUGGGUCUGUCUGGGCUGGCUGGCGCAGUUACCAGAACAUACCACAUAGGGAUUGUGGAGGAGUACUGGAACUAUGUACCCCAAGGGAAGAACGUUAUUACUGGGAAAAGUUUUGAAGGAGACAAACUUGCAACCUUAUUUCUGGAGAGAGGGCCCAACAGGAUAGGCAGUCUUUACAAAAAGGCUAUUUACAAACACUACACAGAUGAGACCUAUUCCACGGAGAUCCCCAAACCUCCCUGGCUUGGAUUCCUGGGCCCUAUCAUGAGGGCUGAAGUGGGUGAUGUGAUUGUUGUCCAUUUAAAGAACUUUGCUUCCCGACCUUACUCUUUGCAUCCACAUGGCGUUUUCUACAACAAAGAUUCAGAAGGAGCUCUGUACCCAGAUGGGACAUCUGGAAGGAACAAGGAUGAUGAUAUGGUUCCUCCUGGGAAAAACUACACCUAUGUCUGGCCAGUGAGAGAAGAAUAUGCCCCUGCUGAAGCAGACACCAACUGCCUGACCUGGGUGUACCAUUCGCACAUUGAUGCCCCUAAAGAUAUCUGCACUGGGCUAAUUGGCCCACUACUGGUGUGCAAGGAAGGUAUCCUGAAUACAUAUUCAGGGACAAGGACUGAUGUGGACCGAGAGUUCAUUAUAAUGUUUACUCUGGUGGAUGAGAAUCAAAGCUGGUACCUUGAUGAAAAUAUCAGACAUUUCUGCACUGACCCUGACUCAGUGAACAAAGAAGAUGCCGUUUUCCAGAGGAGCAACAAAAUGCACUCCCUCAAUGGAUACGUCUUUGGAAACUUCCCUGAGCCUGAAAUGUGUGUGGGUGAAUCUGUGUCCUGGCACCUCUUUGGGAUGGGGAAUGAGAUAGACAUCCAUUCCAUCUAUUUUUAUGGUAACACCUUCAUCAGCCGAGGACGUCGGACUGAUGUCGUCAACUUGUUCCCAGCCACCCUCCUCACGAUAGACAUGAUAGCUGAGAAUUCUGGGAAGUGGAUGAUAACCUGCCAAGUUAAUGAUCACCUACAAGCUGGUAUGCUGGGACAAUACAAUGUCGGUAACUGCAAAGGUGAUAUUUCUCACCCCAAGAUGAAGGGUCAAGAGAGGCACUACUUUAUAGCAGCUGAAAAAAUUCUUUGGGAUUAUGGUCCUCAAGGCUAUAACAAGUUCAGUGGUCUUCCCCUAAAUGUCUCUGGCAGUGACUCGGAGCCCUAUUUCACACAAGGGGACACCAGGAUUGGAGGAAAAUAUUGGAAGGCUCAGUAUAAGGAGUAUGUCGAUGCAACUUUUACUCAAAGAAAGAGACUCUCUGAGGCAGAAGCUCAUCUUGGAAUCCUUGGCCCCGUCAUCAGGGCAGAGGUGGGUGACACCCUGUUAGUGACUUUUGCUAACAAAGCCAACCAUGUCUACAGCAUUUUGCCCCAUGGUGUGGUCUAUGACAAGGCCUCUGAUGCAGCCCCAAACAUAGAUGGAUUUCUGAAGCCAGGUGCACAAGUUAAGCCAGGUGAAACCUUCACAUACAGGUGGACAGUGCCUGAAAGUGUAAGCCCAACAGCUGAUGAUCCCCACUGUCUGACCUACCUUUACUUCUCAGCAGUUGAGGCAAUCCAGGACACCAGCGCUGGCCUUGUAGGGCCUUUGCUAAUCUGUAAAAAGGGCGUCCUCAAUGCUGAUGGGACACAGAAGGGAAUAGACAAGGAAUUUUACCUGCUAUUCACAGUCUUUGAUGAGAAUCUGAGCUGGUAUAUUGAUGAAAACAUUCAGAAGUUUACCUGGCGUCCCUUCAGUGUUGACAAAGAAGACAAAGAGUUUGUGAAGUCUAACCGUAUGCAUGCUAUUAAUGGCUAUAUGUAUGGCAACCAGCCAGGCCUAACCAUGUGCAAAAAGGACAGAGUUUCUUGGCAUAUGAUUGGAAUGGGCACUGAUACCGACAUGCACGGUGUUUAUUUUCAAGGGAACACCAUUCACUUCCAAGGGACUCACCAUGACACCCUGGCCCUGUUUCCCCACAUCUCCAAAACAGUGUUCAUGCAGCCAGACCAUGCAGGUAUUUUCAGGGUGUUUUGUUCCACUCUGCACCACUUCAACAGAGGCAUGAAUCAGAUAUAUGAGGUCAACAGCUGUGGCAACAAGGACCCUUCUGAGCAGCCUUAUGGGAUGAUAAGAACCUUUUACAUCGCUGCUGAAGAGGUAGAAUGGGAUUAUGCCCCUAACAAAAACUGGGAGUUCGAAAAGCAGCACGUGGACGCAGGAGGGGAAAGCUACCACAGACAUGGAGAUAUAUUCAUGAACCACACUGAAAACUGGAUUGGCUCUCAGUACAAAAAGGUGGUUUACAGAGAGUACACCAAUGGAGAAUUUGUGGAGCUCAAAGCCCGACCGCCACGGGAAGAGCACUUAGCACUGCUGGGCCCGAUGAUUCAUGCUGAGGUGGGCGACUCCAUUCUGAUUGUAUUUAAGAACAAAGCCAACCGGCCCUUCUCCAUCUCAGCCCAGGGUGUGGAGAACAUGGAUAGCGGGAAGCAACUCCAAGUGCCCAUCACAAAGCCAGGAGAAAUAAAAACUUACAGAUGGAAUGUCCCUAAAAGGUCUGGUCCAGGGCCAUCUGACCCAAAUUGUAUUCCAUGGGUUUACUAUUCAACAGUAAAUUUUGUGAAGGAUACAUAUAGUGGUUUGAUGGGCCCUCUGAUUACAUGCAGAGAAGGAGUGUUGAAUGACAAGGGACGAAGAAGUGAUGUUGAUUAUGAAUUUGUUCUCUUGUUUUUGAUAUUUAAUGAGAAUGAGUCUUGGUAUCUGGAUGAUAAUAUUAAGAAGUACCUCAAUAAAGACCCACGGGAUUUUAAGCGCACUGAUGAUUUUGAAGAGAGCAACAAAAUGCAUGCUAUUAACGGAAAGAUUUUUGGGAAUCUCCAUGGCCUCAUCAUGAAUGAAGAUUCAAUGACAAACUGGUAUUUGUUAGGAAUAGGAAGUGAAGUGGACAUACACACUGUCCAUUAUCAUGCUGAGAGCUUUCUUUUCAAAAUAGAUAAAUCUUACCGAGGAGACGUGUAUGAUCUCUUCCCUGGGACAUUCCAGACCAUCGAAUUAUUUGCAGAUCACCCAGGGACAUGGCUGUUACAUUGUCAUGUGACUGAUCACAUCUAUGCUGGCAUGGAGACAACCUAUACUAUCCUUCAGAACAUAGACAACAGGAUUCCUUACUCCACCAAGUCUCCUGGGGGAGCAUCCCACCCAGUCACAAUGCCUUCCACCGGAGAACCCGGCAAGGAGCAGCUCUACUUCUUCGGCAAGAAUCUAGGACCUAGAGGAGCCAAACAAGCCUUGGUCAUCCUUUUUAUCAUCGGCCUCUUCCUCCUGAUCUCCACGGUGAUUCUUUCCCUUAGACUGCGCUCUGGGAGGAAGCAGGUGGCAUAUCAGCAAGUCCAGUCCUGUGCACUCCCCACGGAUGCUCUGUGAACCUGCUGGCUUUCCUUAGCAGGGAAGCCAAACAAGGCAUCAUUCGCCGAGGGAGGUUGACACUGUAUCCUGGAUCAGGGUCUGAUACUCAGGAAUACAAUCAAAGCAAUUUGCUUUUAUUUAUUUGUUUUUUAAUGGGCUGUGAAUAAUCCUCAGGUAUAAAAUACAGAAAGAGGAGAAAGGGUGUGACUGAAAGGACAAACUCAGUCUGUUCUCUGAGUGAAUUUGCUGAAGUGGGGAGACCCUCUCAAAGAUAUCUUUAUUUUCCAUUGUUCAGGAUUCUUAGAUUAGAGAGCGCUUUCUUAGCUAACCAUCAAAGCUUCUGUAAGAUGGACUACUUUGGGAAAGAAUUAUACUGCCUCAGACAUCUAACUGGAAUGGCACCAAUUUUUCAGCACUGUUAUGUAAGACACUCUCUUAGUUGGUCCAGGAAAAAUAACUUUGUGAGUUCAUGGAAAUGUCUGAGUCAGUAUCUGCUGAUAGAAUUUGACCAGAUGAAUUUUUUGGAGGCUUUAGCCAGCUCUCCUGGCCUUUUCCACUUUACUAUAAAUAGCCUGUGCACUGUCUGCUACAAAACGCAAAGUUAUGAGCAUUUUUUAAAAAUUGCUGUUUUUAUGCAAACCUGUAGACAUACUUGAAUGUUUAUAACUCACUUCAUGUUAGAUGUUUUUGUCAUGUUUCCAUGGCGACAUCUGUAGUUUUCAAAACAGAUCCCAAAGAGUGUAAUGGGAGCUCCCAAGAGAGAGGGAAACUUUUCAGGAAGCAAGUCUGGGCUUGAGUCUCGAGUCUCAUUUUCAUUCACCUAGGGAGAUCUUCCCAGGUCUCCAUCUUCUAGGAAAUAAAAACAGUUUCAUCAUGCGAGAAGCAACAGGAAGGAUCUGUCGAUGCAGCUGACUGCUUGGGAAGAGAAGGGAUCUCACAAAAUCCUUGAUCCCAUGCCUCUUAAAGACCAGAGACCUUAAAGGGAGAGAAAAUAAAAAAGAAAGAAAGAAAUGGAAAGUCUAGAAAAAGAGAAGCCCACUGACAAGUUUUUAAACCAUUAAAUUGGCUUUGAAAAUAUCUACCACAGUUUUCAAGGCUCAUAUGCAAAAACAGAAUAUUGAACAACUAAAUUCAACCCAUUACAAGGCAAUCCGUACUCUCUGUAUGUGUGCCUAAAGGUUAGGCAUAAGAUUAAUAAAAGCAACAUUGUUUACACUAGGGGGAGAAAUUGCCCUUAGCUCCAGGCAAGAUGCCCUGUGAUGCCCAUGUCUAUGCCAGAUGAGUGAUAUCAGUUCAUCUGUCUUAGGAAUGGAUCAUUUGGAUGUCCAGGCGAACAAGGAACACCUAAUAUAUACUCUGGUGGAGGGACCUUUCAUACUUUUUCAUCUUCAUCUUUGGUGAGGGGAAAUGGAUAAUUUGAUAGAAGCUAUAGUCUUACAUUAAACAGGAUGCAAAUGCUAAUAGUUCUGUUCAUAGUUUGCUUGACUAUGAUUAUGAAACAGGAUACCAAAGGAUUUGAAUUCCAGCCUGCUAACCAAUGAUGUGAUUUUGUAGUAUGUUUUCUACGGUUUUCAUGGGUAGGCUGUAUCAUUUCAUUAUAAUUAUGAUAAAUGCCUUAUUUAUAAUUCACCUAGAUAACAAAUUAUUUAGUUGUAAGUUUUUUCCUUUUCUCUUAGUUUAUUUUUUUAAUGAAAAUGAAACCAUAAAAUAGUUGAUUAUAUCAUUUCUCUAAUAAAGUUUCACAUAUUA